UGUAAUUGGCAUGAGAAUCCCUGAAUUGUGUUGCGGUGGGAUGUGUGUGCGUGUACGUGUGUGCGUGCGUGUGUUUAUCUGGUGGGUCACAGUGCCGUCGUCUUUCUCCAGCAAGGGCCACAAUAAGACGGGCAGAGGCAGCGUUAGUCAUUCUCGCCAUGGCUAUCUCGCUGUGGGGACGCGCUGCUCGGCUCCUGGAAACAUUCGCCUCGCACUCCUCAGCAUCCAGAACUGUCACGUACUUUGGAAAUGUUGCGCAGGGAAGUGAGCUGGGAUGCGAUGCUGCCCCUGCCCUCACCUCCAAGACGGCUGGGAGGACGCGGGGCAGUUACCGGCGGCUGACCUCCACUGGGCGGCCUUUACCCCAAAUGCAGGCAGGGCGGCUGGCGGAACCUCUCAUCCUCCCCCACCCCGCCACACUCGUUGAGGAAGACCUGAGACUCUUGUUUGACGAUAUCAGGAAGGAGCUGGAGUCGCAGUUUGAGCUUCAGGAGAUCGCCAAAUACUACUUCGAUGGGCAAGGAAAGGCGGUGCGGCCACUCAUCACUGUGCUCAUGUCCCGGGCCAUCAACACACACCUGCACGACGAGGACAGGCUCCUGGACUCGCAGAGGGACGUGGCCAUGGCGGCAGAGAUGAUCCACACGGCCUCCCUGGUUCACGAUGAUGUGUUGGACGUCUCAGACACGCGGCGCGGCAAGGCUUCCAUCAACAGCAUCCACGGCCAGCGCAAGGCGGUGAUGACUGGUGACUUCAUCCUCUCCGCCACCUACACCAUGAUAAGCAGGAGGUGUUGCCCUGACGCCAUCAUCGCCAUGGGGGAGAUCCUUAUGAAUUUGAUACACGGCGAGUUUCUGCAGAUGGGGUCAAAGGAGAGUGAGGACGAAAGAUUUGCUCACUACCUCAAGAAGACCUUCCUCAAGACAGCCUCUCUCAUCGCCUACUCCUGCAAGACCGCGGCCAUCCUGUCUGGAGCUGAUGACAGCCUGCAGGAGGUGGCCUUCCAGUACGGCCGCAACGUGGGCAUCGCCUUCCAGCUGGUGGAUGACCUGCUGGACUUUGUGUCUUCCUCCAGCACCAUGGGGAAGCCCACAGCAGCUGACCUCAAGCUGGGCCUGGCCACCGCGCCUGUGCUCUUCGCGGCGGGGCAGUUCCCUGAGCUGAACCCAAUGAUAAUGCGGAGGUUCCAGGAGCCCGGUGACGUCCAGAAAGCCUUUGAACUGGUGCACAAGAGUGACGGGUUGGAGCAGACGCAGUUCUUGGCCCGCCAGCACUGCCAGGAAGCCAUCAAGGUGAUCAGCACCUUGAAGCCCUCAGAGGAACAGAAAGCCCUCAUCACCAUAACAGACAAAGUACUCAACCGCACCAAAUAGUGCAUGGGGUGAUCCGAAUGAUGUGCGUGUCUUUUUCAUGUGAUAGACGUUACAAGAAUGGUAAUGCCACGCUCUCUUGACAAGUUUUCGUGUUUAUUUAGUGACUGAAAGACUUGUGGACAUUGCUUUCUGUUGACAAGCUUUGGAGGUGGACAAGUUGGAGUCAGUUAGCAGUUAGGCGAGUGGGGUGCCAUGUGCGGGAAGACUUGUAAUUACAAAGCAACAUCACUCACAAGCCUUGCAACGUUAGUGACUCCUCCACCACAUGCCCCAAGACUUGUUCACUGCUUAGAAUAUCCCUGCCCUCUGACGACAAGCAACGCCAUUGGUUCACAGCUCUCUAUCACCAUAUCGGAAAGGUUAGCGACGGAACCACUGCUGAAAGACAUAACAAGACUGGGUAUAUACAGUCCCCCGCGUUGCCUGUGGACCUGCUGAGAACCCCCUGAUUGGACUGUAUCCGAAAAAAACCCCGCUACUCCUUUCCUCGCCCUCCAAGGAAGCAAAGUUACGUUCACUCCUUCACUACUGGGACGCAUUGUUUACCAUGAGUUUGAGGUAUGAUUGGACGAUUUUAUUUACAUGAGGAAGAGUCUGUGGAGGUGCAGGAGAUAAAUGGUCAGUCUUCACUAUUCUAAUCCCCACAUGAUUAUCUGAAGCUAUAUAAAAUCACCAAAUAGGAAGGAGAAUGAAUGUGAAAACGCGUCAUGGCACUGAAGGGGUUAAUGUAAAGGAUUAGAAUAUGCCAGAGUGCAAUGGUCAUAUGGCACUGUUGACGAAAUGUGAGGGCUGGUUGUGCGAAGGGGAGGGUUAGAUUAGAUGGAGAACAUUAUUGGUAGAUAGAAACAAAAGGUAGGGAGAGGAAAGGAAGAAACCAAGAAAU